AUGGAUCUGUUGCGUGCUGGUCGUCGAUCGUACCUGCGCGCCUCUGGUGGGCAAUUCAAUCCAUACACUGCUCACAUCCCGCUUGAGUCGCAAGAUGCUUUGAACCCAGGCAGUCCUGUCAGCCCAUUGCCGCCGAGUCCGAAUCCAGGCCCAUCACCUAUCAAGCCUGCAUAUACCAUCGAGAAUCUUGCAGUCACAUCGGAUGAGAAAGGCCUUUCAUAUACGAAUAUCAAUCUGAGUGGUGGCCACAAUGAUCUCAAUGGACCGGAUCCUCCCCUUGUUAGACAAGGCACGUUCGAAACCCCGAAACCAGCCAUCUACACAGGAUUUUGGGACAAUUCACCAAAACUCUUCCCACAUCUCAUCGCCAUUCUUGUCACCGUGGCAGUGGUCCAGCUCAGCUUCCGCAACCACUACUGGAUGGAUUUGAAAGACCCACAGUAUGAGAUAAUGUUUGGUAUCACCCAAGGAGGCGCACUGAAUGCUUUGCAGCUGGCAGCGAAGAUUCAUGAGCUUAUCAUUGUGGCGUCUCUGGGCAAGAUAAUUCUGCAUCUGGCACACCACCAUCUGGUCGGGAGAUCUGGUCUCCCGCUUGGUUUGGUCACCAACAGUUUCUCGAUAGGUUCUGGUGACUUCCUCUGGACAAAGGCGUUCUGGAAGGCGAUAUGGACGACGAAGAACCAUCACUGGCGAUUCUGGCUGCUCUCAUUGCUCGCCACCAUCUUAGCGAUGCUUGCUGGACCCUCGUCCGCCAUAGCAGUCAUCCCGUCUUUGAACUGGUAUCCAUUGGACUAUCCGUUCUUGGAAGAAGUGCUGCCGUUUUACAUCUUCAAUCAAAGCACUGUCCUCUGGCCGUCAAACGUUACUGCGGCAAGUUUAAAUGCUCCAAGUUCGGGCAUCAACUGUACCAUCGCGACAACCUCGACAGCGUACCAGGAUGUCUGCCCUGCUGGGGGGUUUCGAGACACGUAUGACUGGGCGGGGAACCUGUUGUUCGGAAAUUCAUCGGCUGGUAGCAAUAUCAGUUUCACUGACGCACACGGUGAGGCUCGCAGGGUCCUCACGACCCAGAGCUGUCAAAGUGAUUUCGACGGCCGAGCAUCUGGACUCUCGUUGAACACCUUCCUGAGCGGAGCAGUGACAGCGUUUUGGUCAUUUGCACACAACAAUUUCCAUGGCCUCGGCUUACUUACGGCUCAGCCUAAGAUCACCUUCAAUGGUCCGCUGUAUGCCCCCAAGGUGGAAGUCAUGUGCAACGGCCACGUGUACUUCAACACGAGCCAGAUCGACGAGCGAGAACACCUCAAUUUCCCCAGCUUCACACCGGAAAGACAGCUUCCCAGUCCCAAUUAUAUCUUCCCAUACAAUGGUGUCUUUAACGACACCAAUGCGACAUGGGUCGAAAUGCCUGCCGGACAUGAUAACCCAGCCAUUGGGAUCGUGAUCCGAGUUCCUUGGACAUAUGGACGAACUAACGACUCGGCUAUAGCACAGGCCACCGAGAUACAUGCAUGCAGCAUCUACGCACAGUGGGUGCCCAUCAAUGUCUUCUAUGAGCCGCGGCAAUCGGAUCAAGUCUCGUAUCGGGUCAAGAACAAAUUAGACGCGACGUGUUUGGCCAUAGGGAGUGAAGAGCUAGGAGAGAGUCUUCCCAGGAACAUCACCAUCGACAUGGACUAUGCGAAUGCAAUCAACCAGCCCAUGCCAUUUACCGAGGGUCCAAAGGAAGCGAUCCAAGCGAUGCUGGAAAGGGCCGUUUUCGAUGACGACAGAGUCGACGGUGGAGGAUUCACAUUCAAGUCCCCCAUGGUUGCGGCAUCGACCGUGGAUGGGGUGUUCAACUCGACAAUGGACGACAUACGCCAGAGCCACUCGACCAUGAUCUCGACCAUUCUCGCAGGAGUCGUUACCGAUGGAUUGGCGCGUAUUGCCGGAAAUGGCAUCUUCCCUUACUCUGCCUCAAUGUUCUUGACCAAUCAGACGACCGACACGGGAAGUACAGUUGGUAAAUUCGUGGUCUCGACUGCUCAUGGAGGGGACGACACAGCCCUGAACGCCACGAACGCCGAGUCCAGCAAGUGGCUGCGCGUCGACCCCGUGUUCUCGCGCUACGGCUACGGGUACGACUGGAAGGACUCGCGCACCACGCAGUUCGGCAUCGUCGUACUACUGAUACACUUCUGCUUCGCAUCCGCACACACGAUAUUCAUUCUUUACAAAGUGCUGGUCACGAAGGAAGGGUUGGUUGGGUCGUGGACGACGAUUUCGGAGUUACUCGCUUUGGCGAUGAAUUCGACGCCGUCACUCAAACUCCAGGAUACAUGUGCUGGUGUCAAUGCUGCAAAGACGUGGAGACAGGUCGUCUCCAUCCGAGAGACAUAUGUGGGCCAUCUCGAGAUGGUGGUCGGUCCCGAGGAUAGGGCAAAAUAUCCCGCGCCUCAGGUAAAUCGGGCGUAUGGCCAUCUGCGUGAACGGAGACCUGGUAAUGCCUGUAGUUUUGAGGAGAAUUGA